AACAAAAAAUGAAAUUAAAAACUGAAAUUAUUCCAGAUAUCCGACAUAAUGGUGGUGCUAUUUGCGUUGGUUGGAUAAAUUCUGAGGAUAUUUUAUCCUGUGGUGAUGAUCACUUACUGCUCAAAACAAGUGUCUUAACACAUGAAUCAUCAAUCUUAUGUAAAUUACCAAGUGAUGUCACCCCACUGGAUAUGCAUUGGCCUACACGAUCACCGGGCACUGGAAGUGCUGGAGGAUCCAUUGGUAGUGCAGGAACUACAGGGUCUGCAUCAGUGAAUCAUCCUGGUGGUGGAAAAUCAUUAGCUGAUAUUAUUUUAAUAACAUCUGCUGAUGGAAAAUUUCAUUUGCUUAGUCGCACAGGACGUUUGGAACGUAGUGUGGAAGCACAUCAAGGUGCAUGUUUAGUUGGAAAAUGGAGUCAUGAUGGUGCUGGAUUUAUGACCGCUGGUGAGGAUGGUUUAUUAAAAAUAUGGUCUCGUAGUGGUAUGCUACGAUCAACAUUGAUUUCAUGUGAUACACCCAUUUAUACGGGUGCAUGGGCACCAGAUAAUCAAGCAAUAUGUCAUAGUAAUGGACGUAUCUUAUGUGUUCGAUCAUUAGCAGCAAACACUAAACCAAUAAGGUGGAAAGCUCAUGAAGGUUUAAUAUUAAAAAUUGCAUGGUGUCACACUAAUGGUUUAAUUGUAUCGGGUGGUGAAGAUUGUCGUUAUCGUGUCUGGGAUUCUGUUGGACAUCCGUUAUAUGUUAGUGGAUAUCAUGAUUAUCCAAUUACAUCUGUAGCUUGGUCCCCAUCGGGUGAUAUGUUUACUAUUGGUGGCUUUAAUACAAUACGAGUUUGUGAUUCAACUGGGUGGUCUCAAUCAUUGGAAAAACCACAAUCUGGUAGUUUAUAUCAAUUAAAUUGGUCUAUCGAUGGUACUCAAAUUGCGGCUGCUUGUGCAAAUGGUCAUAUUCUUUAUGCGCACGUAGUUGGCAAAGUUUUUGAUUGGAAACAUUUUUCUGCACUUGUUCAAGACAAACGUACAAUUUUAGUGACAGAUAGUUUAAGCGAGACAAUUGAACAAUUAGAUUUUCCUGAUCGUGUGAUUCAAGUAACUCUAGGAUUUAAUCAUUUAGUGGUGGCAACUCCAGCACAAUGUCACGUUUAUAAUACAAAUAAUUGGAAUACUCCGGUAAUAUUUGAUUUAAAAGAAGGGGCUGUUUGUAUGCUGUUGUCGAGUGAGAAAUAUAUAACAAUUGUUGAGCGUUCAAAUAUAAGUGUCUACAAUUAUCAAGGACGUUUAAUAGCAUCUCCACGAUGGCCUGGAAUGUAUUCAGAAAGUUUAAGUCGUGCAACGAUUUCUUUAUGUGGAGAUAUGUUAGUAACCAGGGACACAUUAGACCAAAGAGUAAUUCAUAUUUUCGAACUAAGUAGCUCGACUAGUGGAGGUGGUGUUCGAACAAAUACGGAUACUGGAACACAUAUUCAGCAUACGACAGUAGUUAUUGAGCUAGCACUAAGUCAAGCCGGAGUUGCAAAUGAUCGUCAAUUAGCUGUCAUUGAUGUAAAUCGUGACUUAUAUUUAAUACCAGUGCGAGAAUUUGGACCAAAACAAUUUUUAAAAAUAGGUUCACAAAUCAAAUCCUUGCAAUGGAAUAUCGAUGUAGAUAUUUUAGCUGUAAUACAAGACGGGCGAUUAGUUGUUUGGUAUAGUCCAAUUGCAUCAGCAUAUAAUCCACGAAUGCUAAAACUAUCAUCAAUGGAACGGGAUGCAGAAUUAGGAAGAAAUCCACGUGUACAUACAUUUCAGGAUACAACAGUGUACAUUCGUCGCUCUGAUGGAUCUUUGGUUACAAUAUUAAUAUCACCAUAUAUAUUUGCCUUACAUAAAGAUGUCAUGGAGAACAAAUGGGAUAGAGGUUUAAAAUUAUGUCGUACAAUACAGGAUGAAGUAUUGUGGGCAACAAUGGCAGCGUUAGCUGUACAUGCUAAAAUGUUAGAAAUAGCUGAAGAAGCUUUUGCUGCAAUUCAGCAACAUGAUAAAGUUACUUACAUUCAAUACAUUAAGGAGUUACCAAAUCGUGCUCAACAAAUAGCUGGAGCAGCUCUAUUAAAAGGCUCCGUUGCCCAAGCGGAAUCUACAUUAUUGCAUAAUGGUUUAUUAUUUCAUGCAAUUAAUAAUAAUUUAAAUUUAUAUUCAUGGAAUCGUGCCUUAGAUCUUGCCUUAAAGCAUAAAAGUCAUAUCGAUACGGUAUUAUAUGUCCGAAAACAAUAUUUAAAUUCUUUAAAUAAAUCUGAAAUUAAUCCAAAGUUUUUACAACUGAAUUCAACGGUUGAUUUAAACGAAGAAGCGAUUAAACAGAAAAUUGAAAAUGAAAUG